AUGGUGUUGCGGGAAGAAGUAGGGCGAGCAUUCAACAAAUCGGACCAGGCCUCCGGCUCCAAGAAGCCAUUGCUGGGGGCUCAAGCACAGAGGAAGAAAGCAGCUCCCAAGACUGAACUUACUGAAGAGCAGAAGCAGGAGAUCCGGGAGGCCUUUGAUCUGUUUGAUACUGAUGGGACUGGGAACAUCGAUGUGAAAGAGCUGAAGGUCGCCAUGAGGGCUCUUGGGUUUGAACCCAAGAAAGAUGAAAUCAAGAAAAUGAUCUUAGACAUUGAUAAGGAAGGAACUGGAAAGAUUACCUACGACGACUUCUUAGGAGUGAUGACUGAGAAAAUGGCUGAAAAAGAUUCAAAAGAAGAGAUUCUGAAAGCCUUCAAACUGUUUGACGAUGAUGAAACCGGCAAAAUCUCUUUCAAAAACCUCAAACGUGUGGCCAAAGAACUGGGGGAGAAUCUUACAGAUGAAGAGCUUCAGGAAAUGAUUGACGAAGCCGACCGCGACGAUGACGGGGAAGUCAACGAGCAGGAGUUCUUGCGGAUCAUGAAGAAGACUAAUCUCUACUGA